AUGUCUUCGAUUAAUUUAUCUGAUGAUUUAUUAAAUAAUUUUGAAGAAUCAAUCAAAUCAUUUAUUGCCUUUCUUCUUCAAGAUCCAUGUACAGGUUCAAGUUCAGCUGUAGCAUCAGGUUCAUCAGCUGAACAAAAUUCAGCUGCAGUUGAACAACAUAUGCGUCGUAUAUAUGAAUCAGCAAAUGAAAUUGAAUGUAAUUUAUUACAAUUAAAAUCCUUAGUUCAUCGAACAUUACCUGAAGAACAAAUACUUGAAAAUAUAACUGAUUUACGAACAAAUAUUGAACGAAAAGAAACAUUAUUAAGAGAAUUCAAUCAAUAUUUAAAUGAUGCUAUCGCAGAUUUUAGUGUAGAAAAUACGGAAAGUCUUAAUGGUUUACUUGAUGAAUUAAGUCGAGGUACGACAACAACAUCUGGUCUUACAAAUGUAGAUCUUGGUGAUAAUUUAUCUCAAGCAACUACAAAUACACAAUCCUCACUUCAUGGCAAUAUGACACUUCCAAAUCCUACAACGUCAGAUUCUUCUCAAGAUUCUCUACGAUCAUUCUUACUUUAA